AUGAAGAUCACAUUCCUCUUCAAAGGGUUCAAAAAGCAGAAGGAGAAGAAAAUAUACAAGCCGAUCAAAUUGCAUAUACCACCUUUAUUCCAUUACAGUUAUAUAAAGCUAGUCAGCUCAGAUGGAAUUAAUGAAACUCUAGAGGAGUUCAAACAGUACCAGUUGGGAAUGUCAGAGAAAGAAAAAGAGGAUGCUACAAUUAUUGAAGAUGUCAACAUGGAGGACUCAAGCAAGGAAUCAGCUGGUGAUCCAGUGUGGGCAAUCAAACCAGAAACAAUCAAAACUCUAUUGGAUCUUUCGCUCAACUUCUUUUUUGUUGAUCCGUUGGCCAACUUAGCAGGCAUUCAUUUAUUGGAGGCUCCUGUGGUUCAUCCCACUGUUGAGGCUUUAUUCAAUUUUGUCAUUGGUUGGACGUUGAUGUUUGCUCCACUGCUUUUUACCGAUCGCAAGAGGGAUAGAUAUGGAGGAUCUCUUGAGGCUCUAUGGGUUGUUCAGAUGUUCCUGACAAACACUUUGUUACUACCCUACAUGGCAAUCCGUCUCAGUGAAAGAAGCAGCAAUUCUUUAUCAAAUUCAGAGAAGACCAAGUCUGGUUUCCAAUCAGUAAUGAUAUCAGGUGCUCGCAUCAUAGGAAUUGUAGGUGGCUUGGUGGGAGUCAUUUCUAUACUUUGGGCGCUGUUUGGUAGAGCCAAUGAUGGAUUUGGCAGCUUGGCAGACCGUUGGGAUUUCUUUCUGAAUUAUCUUGGGACUGAUCGUCCAGGUUAUGCCUUCAUUUGGGAUAUUUGUCUCUAUAGUAUAUUUCAACCCUGGCUAAUAGGUGACAAUCUUGAAAACUUGGAUGAAAGUAAAGCUGAAACUGUUCGCUAUCUCAGAUUUAUUCCAUAUCUGGGUUUAGUCGCAUAUCUUUGGGCUUUGCCUAAGAAUGAGGAUCAAUGAGUAACCAAUUAUCUAUAUUCAAGUUCAGUAGUCUUCUAGGUUUUUUUCAUGUUUAAGAGAACUUUGUACUAGUGCAUAUAAGUAAAAGCCUAAAGGUUAUGUUUUACAACAUAAUGUUUUCUUUUGGCUGUUUACUUUUGGUAAGGAUGAUAUGUCCGAGAUUUGAAGUUCCUUCCCCUGCAGUUUCUAGCAAAUAAAAUUGCUAUUUCAAUUGUGAUGAAAGUUUUUACAGAUUUUCA